GCUCAGGGAGCCAGCCCGUGGGAGCUCUGUCCUGUCUUGUAUUUAUUUUCCUCUUUCAGAGAGUAUUUAUCCACAGAAGAACAUUUGGAAAUUGCAUACAGUGAAUUAGUAUAAUGGCACUGUGAUAACUACAUAUAAUUUAGCCAGGAAUUUGGAGGUCCUUAUAAAAUAUACAGCGGAAUGAGUGAAUUAACAUCAAUAGCAACUUUAAAAUGCAAACAGCAAGUUGUGCGUGCGGUGCGAUUUAAUAUUGACGGCACAUACUGCCUCACAUGUGGCGCAGACAAGAAAAUAAAGUUGUGGAAUCCACACAGGCAACUCCUUCUAAAAACCUAUGGAGGACACGCCAAUGAAGUGCUUGACGCAGCUGGGUCGUGUGACAGCAGUCACAUCAUAUCAGGAAGUGCUGAUAAAUCUGUCAUUUUGUGGGAUGUGACUACAGGCCAGCCAGUAAGGAGAUAUCGCGGGCAAGCAGGAUCAGUAACCUGUGUGAAAUUCAAUGAGGAAUCAACAAUGGCGAUUUCUGGUUCCAUAGAUAAUACAGUCGCUUUUUGGGAUGUUGUCAGCCGAAGACAAGAGCCCGUGCAAGUCCUCAAGGAUGCCAAAGACACAAUAACUUCCAUUCAAGUUACCAAUUAUGAAAUUUUAACAUCUUCAGUAGAUUGUCAUGUCCGUUUGUAUGAUAUACGAGUGGGGAAGAUGAUAUCUGAUUACAUAGGGCAAGUUGUUACUUAUGGAAAUAUGACCCACGAUGGACAAUGCUAUGUGCUAAGUUGUUCAGAUGGAACUGUAAGGUUAUUUGACAAAGAAUCUGGAGAGUUACUGAACACUUUCAAAGGACACGAGAGCAAGGAUUACUUGUUACAAAAUGCUGUAAAUGAGAAAGACAGUCAUAUAAUAUCAGGGUCGGCUACUGGCGAAAUAUUUUACUGGGAUUUAGUAUCGAGUUCCUGUACUCAGAAAUUGGUGCACACAAAAAAUAAGCCAGUAGUAACAUUGAGCCACCAUCCAACAGAAAAUUGUUUGUUAACAGCUUGUGAAGAUGAGAUUAAACUUUGGGGUGUCAAAACUAUGGAGGAGUGACAAUAAAUACAUCUUGUAAGAAAUCUUUAUCCCGUAAAGGUCCAAAUGCCCAAAAGCCACAUUAACUCAAUGGUCAUUCAUAUUAGUUGGUUCACGAGGUACACAUGAAGUUGAAUUGCCUUAAGUUGGAUUUAAGAAAUAAUAUAUAUAAGUUAAAGAAAUUCUCUGAUGUUGACUGUACAUACAUAAGAUAAACUUAAACUAUUUAAUAAAACCUUUUUUUAUAAUC